AUGUCACAAAUACGCGAGGAUAUGGUGGGUUCGGCUGUCACAUUUCUUCUUGAUGGUUCGGUGGCAGACUCACCGUUGGCUAAGAAGGUUGAAUUUCUUCACGACAAGGGAUUGACUGAUGUGGAGGUCCAGGAGGCAAUUCGUAGGGCUCAGCUGGGUAAAGGAGCUGAUACGGGGUCUAGUAUUACAAAGUUGACAUCUUCUCCUCCCCUUCUUCCUAAAGAUUACCCCAAUUAUCCUCUCUACUAUAACAACGCGCCUCCAUUGUCAGCCGAACGCGACUGGAAAGACUACCUCAUUAUGGUUACCGCUACAACUGGCCUGGCCUACGGUGCAUAUCAGGUGAUUCGAAAGUAUGUUGUUCCGAAAAUUCUACCGGCCUCAAAGACUGAGUUGGAAAAGGAGAAAGAGUCUAUCGAUCAGGAAUUUCAACGUGUACAAUCGUUAUUGGACAAGUUUGAUGAAGACCAGGAAGAGUUUUACAAGAAACAGAAUGAGAAAGGUGAUAAAAUCGAUGAAACUAUGGUUGAAAUUGAUAAGAUUAUCAACAAGAACAACGAAAAGAACCUUCAAAACGAGGAGACGCUGAAGUUUCUCAAGUUGGAAGUGGACAACAUCAAAACAUCACUGAUGAAAACUAUGGAAAGUCAAAAACAGACGAUUGGUUCCGAAUUGUCGAAUCUAGAGUCUCAGAUUGAUCAAUUGAAACUUGAGUUAAAGUCUUUGUCUACUGUAGAGCGUACAAGAGGUACAGAAUUUUUUGAUAGAUCCAACAGUUCGACUCCUGCGGAGAAAAAGGUUGAUGAUAGUAAAGAAGAUAAAGAGAAGAGGGCCGGUAGUGUGCCAGCCUCGUUUAGCAGCUUGAAGAUACCUCCUCCUUCAUCGAUUCCAUCAGUUAACGAUGUAUUUAAAGGAGAAACAAAGUCGCAUUCGGAGAUUCCUGCUUGGCAGAAAGCCAUAAACGGAGAAGAUGUGAGCAUUCCUGCUUGGCAAAUGAACGACAAGACUAAAGAAUAG